AUGAAAUUGACAGUGUUUCUGAGCUUGUUUUGGGCAAUGAAUUUACUGUAUGGAGAGUGGUUUGCGUAUUUGGUUCCUUCGCAUUCGACAUGUUGUUGGCCUCAUCUCCAACGCCCUUCUCUGCCGAACGGAGUUGGUUAUUCGAGUAGUUAUAUAAAAAUCGCGGUUAUCGCAGACCCUCAGCUCAUGGAUAGAACUUCCCUCCCUCUUGCUCCAAAAUCACUUGCCCUGAAGGUUGUGCGGUUCUAUUCGGAUUUAUACAUGCGUAGGGCAUUCCUCUCGUCUAUACUGCCCUUCAAUCCGGACGUCAUUCUAUUUUUGGGUGAUUAUUUCGUUGGAAGCUAUAACUUGUCAGAUGAAGAAUGGCAGGAAUCUUUAGGCCGUUUCCGGCAUAUUUUCAACCUGAAUACGAAUCAUAAAACCUCGAACAUAAAAAUAUACUACCUUUCCGGAAACCAUGACAUCGGGUACUCAGCUCUCUACUACCAAAAACCAGAGAUCAUCAAACGGUACGAGACUGCAUUUGGCGCACGCAACUUUAAAGUGACAAUAGGAGAGGUGGACUUCAUUGCCAUUGAUGCACAGACUCUGGAUGGUCAUCCGCAAGGUAACUUCACGUCGGAUACCUGGGGCUUUGUAGAAAACGUGUCUAAGGAUAUAUCUUCGACCCCAAGGGUUUUGUUGACUCACAUCCCUUUGUAUCGGCCGGACUGGACUCCUUGUGGCCCCCACCGAUCUUCGCCCAUCGUCAAUCAACUCGUUCACCGCGUUGAUCAUGAUCGAGAAAUCGUGUAUCAGAAUUAUAUCACUGAAAAAUCGACAAAUUUGCUACUGGAGUUAAUCAAACCUGCACUAGUCGUCUCUGGUCACGAUCAUGAUCAAUGCACCUUUUCCCAUGCGUAUAGCAAUGGUCACACGAUAGAGCAUACUGUAAGACCUGUAAGCUGGCAACAAGGGAACUUGCAUCCUUCUUUUAUGCUACUGUCUGCCAAGAAUUCGUCGGUUUCGGAUGGAAUCACGCCCGAAGACGCUCUUAUGACUAAUCUCUGCUUUCUCCCCGCGCAAACUCACAUCUACAGAUGGUAUUUGUCUCUCUUUGCGAUGACCGUUGUCGUUAUCCUGCUUUGGCCAGCUAAUGAAGUCCAUAUAACACGAAAUCUUUGUAGUCUCAUGGUUAUUAUAAUAGAUGUGUUUAAAAGCCUUACCAAUGUUGUGAAAGAGAAGAACGAAGAUGAGAAGGCCGAGUACGAAGAGAUAUGGGAUGCAGAAGGGGCAAUGCACCUCAUCAAGAAGACGAAAAAGGUUCCAGUCUUGAAAGAGAGCAGCUCGGCCCAGAGGGGAAACGUCGUGAUGCGAUCAAAAGUUCAUAGACAAGAUGCAGAGGCGGCGACUGAAGAUGUGAACACACAUGCCGGUUUAGGUAGAUCGAAAAGAUCGAGGGCCAAUACGAUAAUCUGGAGAUUUUUGCUGGCGCUGCGAGCAUUGAUGAUCAUUGCUGGCAUCAACAUUCCUUUAUAUGUAUUGCUCGUCCUCACAGAUUGGAUGGACAAAAAUUUCCAAACUCAUCCAUAUUAAUAAAAAUAUAUUUAUCUCUCUUA